AAAAUUUUUCCGUACUGAGUUUUCUUUUUUGUUAUUAUAUUGAUUGUGGUUGUGUCGUAAAAUUGCUACCAAAAUACUCUUUUAGUGUAAUAUGAUUAAUGAAUCCAACGAAAAUGGCAAGGGUCUAGAUCUGCAGUUUGCUGGUCUAGACUUGAACUCCACCCGUGUUAGUGGAGCUAAACCUUCAGAAAGGUACGUUCCUCCUCAUUUGCGAAAUCGACAGAAUUCGCAAGACUGUGAAAUCCACACACCAAGAAAAAAUAAUCAAGAUAUUAAAUCUAAUUACACCAAUGAAGCAAAUGACAGAUAUGAAGUUGUAAAUGAUAAAUCAAGUGUGCGGGAUUUUGAACGUGAUUCUUACAAAGCUCGUGGAGAUUUUUCAAAUUUUGGAAACCGUGGUGGUAGAAAAAAUGGUACUGAGAGGGAAUACUCUAAUAAUACUGCCUUUGCUCUGAGGAAAGGUGAUUGUGAACGAGUGGGAAACUGGAGAGAUCCCUCUUAUGUGAAAGAAAAUUUUGAAGAUAAACCCAAAAAAGAGGAAAACAGAAUUGGCCGAAACAAUUCUUAUGAAAGAAGAAAUGGUGGUAAACGUGAUAGAGAAGAUGAAGAUUGGAGUAGACCAUUACCUCGUGAUGAUCGCCUAGAAAGGCAGUUAUUUUCACAAGGGCAUACAGGAAUCAAUUUUGAAAAAUAUGAAGACAUCCCCGUGGAGGCAAGUGGUGAAGAUUGUCCCCUUCACAUCAAUUCAUUUUCAGAAUUGCCUUUGACUGAAAUUAUUAGCUUGAACAUUGAACUAACAAGAUACACAUGUCCUACUCCCGUGCAGAAGUAUGCUAUGCCAAUUAUUCUUUCAAAGAGAGAUUUGAUGGCAUGUGCUCAAACAGGAUCUGGGAAAACAGCUGCUUUCCUCAUUCCGAUAUUAAAUCAAAUUUUUGAAAAUGGACCACCAAAAAAUGUUCCCAUGCCUAUGCGCCACUCGUCAAGAGUGAAACAGUAUCCAUUGUCUCUGGUUCUUUCUCCAACAAGAGAGUUAGCUUGCCAGAUUUAUGAUGAAGCAUGCAAGUUUGCAUAUCGUUCAAGGGUUCGUCCAUGUGUUGUGUACGGAGGUGCUGAUCCUGCCCUGCAAAUGAAAGAUUUGGAUCGUGGCUGUCAUUUAUUAGUUGCUACUCCAGGAAGGUUGGUUGACAUGAUGGAACGUGGCAAAAUUAGUUUGGAGAUGGUUAGGUAUCUAGUCUUAGAUGAAGCUGACCGGAUGCUGGAUAUGGGAUUUGAACCUCAAAUUCGUCGAAUCGUACUGGAAGACAAAAUGCCUGGAAUUGGUGAAAGGCAAACACUGAUGUUUUCAGCAACAUUUCCAAAAAAGGUCCAGGAACUUGCAAGAAAGUUCUUAGAUAAUUAUAUUUUUCUUGCUGUUGGUAGAGUUGGCUCGACAUCAGAAAAUAUAACCCAAAAAGUUGUGUGGGUCGAAGAGCAUGACAAGCGAUCGUUUUUACUUGACUUGUUAAAUGCUGCAGGAUUAAGAAAUGGUAAUGCUGCACGAGACUCUUUAACACUCACCUUCGUUGAAACGAAAAAGGGAGCUGAUGCUUUGGAACACUUCUUGUUGUCUGAAGGUUAUCAAGUUACUAGUAUACAUGGUGAUCGAUCGCAAAGAGAAAGGGAAGAAGCUUUAUGGAAUUUCCGAACUGGAAAUACAUGCGUUUUAGUUGCUACAGCUGUUGCAGCGCGUGGACUGGAUAUUCCCAAUGUUAAACAUGUCAUCAAUUUUGACUUGCCAAGUGAUGUUGAAGAAUAUGUGCACAGAAUUGGUCGUACUGGCAGAGUCGGGACAGUGGGGCUUGCUACAUCAUUUUUUAAUGAACGAAAUAGAAAUAUGGCCCUAGACCUUGUGGAACUUAUUACUGAAACAAAGCAAGAACUUCCUGAAUGGCUGUCUGUUUUAGCAAAAGAAGUUCAAAUGGAACAGCGCUGCAGCUCUGGCUCAAGGAAAUAUUCAAGUGGAAAAAAAUAUGGAUCUGGUGGAUUCGGAUCAAGGGACUAUCGUCAGUUUGGAAGCAGUCGUGACAGAAAUAGUGGACCAAGAAACUCUAGUUCCAACAGUUAUUCAUCACAAAGUUAUGGAUAUAGUGGAAGUCAGUACCCAAAUCAAUUUAGAAGUAAUUAUGGUGGGGCUUCAUCAAAUGAUUGGUGGGGAAGUUAACUUAUACUUUUUUAAGCUGCUCUUUGUUCAAUUUCCCCAACAUCUGGUUAAACUCAAAUAUUGUCAUUGUACUGGAUUCAGCGUAUGUCAUUUAAUGUAAACUAGUUACACUGUCAUUCAUUAUAUGAUGGCAUUUUGUUAUAAAAACAAUAUAUAUAUAUAUAUUCGCAAGUGAAAUUGAACUCCAAAAUUAAAUUUAAUUUUCCUCGACUUGUGUGAAC